UAUGACCGAGACAGUGAUAUAUUAAUGGGACGCCUUUUGUUCCCAAGUGUUCAUCUCCGCUGACUCAGGAUGUUCAAGUUCGUGCUGCUGUUCCUGAUGCUGUCGGGCCUCCAAGCUGCCCCACUUGCAGUCCGAAGACGUUUGCAGAAGACACCUUCAACCUACCAGCUCCCUGAUGGCUUUCGACAGGGCACCGAACACUCUGACAUCCAUAAACCUGUUCCUGACGGCUUCCGUCAAGGUACCGAGCCCUCCAGGAGAUUCCUUGUUGACCUCAACACUGGCCUUGUGCAGGAACACAUCAGUGAGAUGAACAGUAGAGUGGCUUUCAGACGUCCUUCUCUGGGAAAGGGAUUUGGAGAGAUGGAGAGAAGACACUGGCUGACAGAUGAGGUCCCUGUGGAUGUUCCAGCCCAGAAGAACGGUGGUGGUUGGGUCCGUGUCGAGGAACCCUCUGCUCCUCUUCUCCCAGAUGGUUUCAGACAGGGAACAGAACCCAUGAGGUUCAUCCCAGAUGGUUCCAGACAGGGAACAGAACCCAUGAGGUUCAUCCCAGAUGGUUUUAGACAGGGAACAGAACCCAUUAGGUCCAUCCCAGAUGGUUUCAGACAGGGAACCAAACCCAUGAUGUCUAUCCCAGAUGGUUUCAGACAGGGAACUGAACCCCGGAUGUCUAUCCCAGAUGGUUUUAGACAGGGAACCGAACCCGUAAUUUCGAUCCCAGAUGGUUUCAGACAGGGAACUGAACCCAUUCUUACAAUCCCAGAGGGCUUUAGACAGGGCACUGAACCCAUUCUUACAAUCCCAGAGGGCUUUAGACAGGGCACUGAACCCUCCACCUCCAGGCUCCAGAAAAAGACAGUGGCAUGUAAGGGGGAGGUCAUCAAUGGAAACUGCUAUGAGUUCAACCCUACGCAGCUGGCCUUCCAAGAUGCACAGGCCUUGUGCAGAUCUCUCGCCCCAAAUGCUGAGCUUGCAUCUGUAACCACUGACGAUCUGCAUUCCCGCCUGGUCUACCUGGUGACCAAGGGUGGCAGGAGCAGCCCUGUGUUGACCUGGCUGGGAGGCACGGUCAAGAACCAGCAGGCAUCAUGGGAAGACGGGUCAGAGUGGCACUACAGCGACUGGAUGCCGGGUCACCCCAACAUCCACACUGAUAAACCUGUCUGUGUGGAGAUGUUCAAGAUGGAUGAGAGCUGGUGGACGGCCGCCGACUGUGAACUGAAGAGAGCGUCCAUCUGUUCGUACCAGAUCGCUGCAUGAAACCCACAAAGAAGCAGAGCAUAAGAGGGUGGCUCUCUUGAUUCGUUUCCUCUUGUUCAUCCUUCACAAUCUUACAGACAAGGUUGUUGACACUAGUUUGGGCUACUAUCCUCUGUAUUUCCUCAAAUAAAACUUGGCAUAUUA